GCGUCGCGAGGAGAAAAUUCGCGUUUGGUCUGAAUGCGGCGUAAGACAUAAGAACGGAAACGCAGCGACCUUCAGGCAGGUGACUGUAAAUAUGCUGCGCUGGGGAACCUGUUUCAGUCAGCAGGUGGCGGUAAUGCCAGCAGCCAUGAACCCCGAAGAAGAAGGAGCAGGGCGGGGCCAUGUUAGCAUCCGUUAGCAGCCCUUGUUGCCGCCGGUGUUUCCGCGUCGGACCGGAGAUCUGCGGGACAACAUGAGACACGGACAGGGUGGCGGACAGAGACCAGAGGCGCCCGAGAGUCCGGCUGCCGACGGGGGGGGCGACGGCCGCUCAGAGGAGCAGAAGGACGAUUACCCAGAAUGCCUCGAGGUCGGCGUCUCUGAAGAGCAGGAGGUUAAAAUGAAGGAGCAGGAAGAGGAGGAUGGAGACGAUGACCCCCGGCAGGAUCCAGACUUCAGUCCUGAUCAGAACGACAGCGCGGAGACGGGAACGGCGUCGUCAUCACAGAGCAGCAGAAGAAGAAGACCAGCCGGCGAGCUGAGAGCUCCGGCGGACGCUAAAGGGAAGGAGUAUCGGUGUGACGGCUGUUUGAAGAGCUUCGACCGGCCGUGUCGUCUGAGGAUCCAUCAGAGGACUCACACCGGCGAGAAGCCCUUCAAGUGCUCCGACUGUGACAAACGCUUCAAGAGCAAAGCCAUCCUGUCGGCGCACCUGAAGACGCACAGCGGCGAGCGCCCGUUCUGCUGCCACGAGUGCGGGAAGUGCUUCCUGCAGAGGCAGGCGCUGGAUGAGCACAUGAGGACCCACACGGGGGAGAGGCCCUUCAGCUGCCAGCUCUGCAGCCGGCGCUUCACCGCUAAGAGCCACCUGCAGCGCCACCUGCUGACCCACUCGGGCGAGCGCCGCCACCAGUGCGUGGAGUGCGGGAAGUGCUACAAGAGGAAGGAGCACCUGAGCAGCCACAUGCGCGUCCACAGCGGGGAGCGUCCGUUCAGGUGCAAGGUCUGCGGCCGCCGCUACAGCGAGCGGGGACGCCUGCUGCUGCACCUGAGGACGCACACGGGGGACAGCAAACGCCACACCUGCGAGCUCUGCGGCCUGCGCCUGGUGUCGGCCAAUCACCUGCAGAGACACAUGCAGACGCACAGCGGCGAGCGGCCGCACCGCUGCUGCGGCUGCAGCAAGAGCUUCAGCAGGAAGGACAAGAUGAUGGAGCACAUGAGGAUCCACACCGGAGAGAAACCGUACCGGUGCUCGCGGUGCCCGCUCAGCUUCAGGUGGAGGGCGGCGCUCAACGCUCACAUACACACCCACACCGAGGAGCCAGAGGAGCUCUGAUUGGACGGCCAGGACGGGCUGGUGUGCAGGAGGAGGAGCUGGACACCAGAUUAGCUUUAAAAAGUUUUAAUGAACUCCUUUUCUUCUUUAUUAUUUAUUUAUGUGUUGACUCUGAAUGAACUGGUUCCAGAGACCGAAGGAGCUUUUUUAUUUAAAGGUGCCGUAGAAUCUUCGUUUCAGGUUCAUACUUGUUGUUUUCUACUAGAAACUGUUCACCUGCUUUAAUGUUUAAAACACAGAUUAUAUUUCUCGUCCUUCUGUCUGAACACUCAGUUUUAGCUCUUGUCUCUUUAAGGUCCCACUUGCUUCUGAUUGGCCAACUUCCCCAAGCAGAGGGGCGGGGCUUAGCGGCUCUGCGCUGAAUAGUAUCUGUACAGAAACACAACUUUAUUCUCUGGUUUUACUGAAAGUGGAUCAGAGUUGAUGAGAAAAUAUUGUCCUGUUUUCCCUCUGAUGUCACUUUAGCAGCUAACCGCUGUUAGCUACUCAGCUAGCUGUGCAGCUAGCCGUCCUGUUUCUGACUCUGCCCUGACUGGAAGCUCGGUGCUCCGGCGGGCGGGGGGGGUGUUUACAUCUCUACAUUACUACAGAAGCUUUGGACCGCUGGUUCAGAACCAGCUGUAAGCAACAGCUAGCGGUUAGCAACCUUUAGCGUUAGCAACAAGUUUCCAUCUUCAUAAAUCAGACUUGAGGUGAUCAGCAAGAAAACCAGAAAAUAUUCCCGUUUCCUUCAGCAGCAUUAGCUCGUAUGAACUCUGGAGCGUUGGCUGGGCGACGUGGCCAAAAAUGCUAUCACGCUAAAAACAUUUCUUACAUUUCGACGAUUAUCACGAUAAAUGUGAAAAUCAUUUUUUUCCUUUCAAGUUUAAAGGCAGAUUUUUGCUCCUGGGUGAAAGUUGAAGAAACUACAGAGUUAAUUAUGUGGUUGAACUUUUCUUUAUGGUCAGAACAUGAAAAACACAAAUCUGAAGUAGAACAUUUAAAAUCUUUAGUACAAGCUGUGUGCUGUUGGUGUAAAGAAAGUUUCCUGUCGCCCUCUGGAGGCAGUUGAUGUUCAUACUGGAGCUAAAUUUAUUUUCUUUGCAGCGUGUCGUUGAACAUCUGUGUCAUUAAAGGUUUGUCUUGUUAAAUAAAACUCUCACAGCAGGACUGAACCCC